AUGGAGGAUCUGUCUUCCCCUAUCAGCAUCGCCUCGUCUACCCCAACUGCUCCAACUUCGGCCUCAAAAGUCACCUACACCACGGCUGGCACUCCAUACAAUCCCAGCACUUCUCAGCCACUGCAACCGCCCGCCAGACGAGGUCGCUCUCUAAAGUGGCCUGCUGGUCUUCCUGCAGCUGGGCUAUCUCUACUUCCCAAAUCUGUUCUUGCCACUCUGCCCCUUAAGGCAGGAUCUCGGUCUUCUUCCCUCCAACAGUACAGCCCUCAGACGCCCUACGACAGAGCAUCUAGCCCCUUGAACGAUACAGACCACAGAUGUAGUAGCAUGUCUGCUCAAGUACCCCGACUUGUGUCUUCUGCGACUCCGUCGCCGCUUACGUCCCUUUUCUCCGAAGCUGAACAAGGCACAUUUACCGACGUUGACCCAAGUGAGGAAAGCGAUGAAGAGUGCGAACUCGGCAUGGACCCGUUGAUGAACAUGACAGUAAAGUCUCUUCACAACCUGGCCUCUUACCCAAACCCCAAUCAGAAGCGAGCUCAGAAAGCCCUUCUUCGGGGACUCAAGCCAGCUCUGGGCCUGAAGACAACAACUCAUGUUGACGAGCCUUUGGCCCCUCUCACACAUUCCUUUGGACUCCAAGAUGCGUCCAACAGCAACACCACCCUGCCAAAUGUGUUCCAUCCAACACAAACAGAGAAGGAUACCUUUGGAAGAUCUUUCGAUGACGCAUUCUGGAACUCCCAAGGCAACAAGUCGCCCAGCAUUCCCCCUGGAGCAUCCCGGAAUUUCAAUCGCGCGGUUGGCAGCAAUACCGCCCGUACUGCUGGUACUCUAGCUCCCGGUUCCGGCGCUCCACGUCCCUUGACUGCCGGCCCUCCUGGUCAACGCCAGUAUCGCCCAUCGACCUUUGAGUCAACCUUCAAAGCACUCCAUACAAACGAACCAAGCCAAGAUGUCAAGCAAGAUGAAGACGAAGACGUUCUUAUCAUCACUCGACAGACUCUACGACAAGCAGGCAUUAGUAACAACAGCCUGGCACAGAACAUAUCGUCGUUCGAAGCGACUGCUUCACUGGCUUCAAAAGCCCCAGAGGGUUUGGAGGGGUUGUCUGUCGAUUGCAAAACCACCCAGCCAAGUGCACCCACAACCGCCGCGACGCGAGGCUUCCAGUAUCCUACGAGAGGAGCGUCAUCCUGGGGCUUAGGCGCUGCUACGACAUCUGCAUGCUUGACAUCAUCGCCCGAGCUCAACCAGUCUCGAUACACAUCGGGACCUAGAUUCAGAACAGCAAAGGAACUCCAGGCCUACAACAACAAGAUCAGUCACGCCUGGUACUACGGAGCCGACUUCCUAGUAGCUGCACCAAGCGAAAUUGCGUUGCAGGUUCAGCCCCCCAAGGGAAAGGGGCAGUUCGGUGCUAUUGGGGAUGGGCGUCCGUCAAAGAAGGGUGAAUUUCAUCGCCGAAUGGAAAUUGAAGACGCCAAUCGCAUGUCAGUGGCGGACCAUGCUCGUCCGCUGUUCAAUAUGGCACAUGCAAACGUGCAGCAGUUCAUUGAAGGCGGGUGGAAUAAGAGCCGGGGAGGCCGUGCUGCGGUAAUGCAGGCAACCAAGUAG